CAGAGCCAACCACUGCUUCUGGACAGCUUACCAGCCGCGAGCUUCUCAGGCCGAAGAGAGCCGCCAGGCGGGCCCAGUCCUUCGACCGCGCCGCCGGCGCCGCUGGUGGCCACUGCUUGGCGUGCCACACGGCCAACUUAGGCCACGCCCGCCACCUUCGCUCCGGAGACUGCGUGGGCUUCCCUGGAAGCUCGUUCUACCGCCGACAGGAAGCGCCAGCGCCAGAGCCAGCUCAACCACUACCAGCCCUGCAGGAACCAACCGAGGCACAGACCUUGGACGACAAGGCCGCAGACGACGCCACGAAACUCACGCCGCCGAGCUCUUACAACAGUGCCUACGACGGCACCGCAUACGGCAACGAGCUCAGCGACGCGAUACAGAGUUUGACGUCGGUGGUGGAGGGCUUGUCGACUACAGUGAAGAACCUUCAAGAGUCGGUCGAACGUCUCAGUGGCAGAGUAGAGCAGGUAGAGUUCGAAUGGGCUUUCCGGCAGUCUGUUCAGGUUCAGGACGAGUUCCCCGACAGCAACACCGCACCACACCAAGCAGAGCACUACCAGCUGAGUGCCAGCGGCACGCCGCGCAGCGCGGCAGGCCGGCGCAGCGAUCCCGAUCCGAGCGCCGAGUGGUACGACGCGCCAGCGAGGGAUCAGGGCCCGAUUUUUGGGGCAGGAAACGUGGCCGACGACUUGUUGGCCAUUACAGAGGGCCAGGGGGCCCGGCAGCCGCAGGAGCUGCCACCGCAGCCAUCCACCGCACCUACGGCGAGGCUCCCGCUGCAG